CGCUGUGGCAGAACGGCAACUGCGACCGUGAGCUCUGUAGCUUCGCCCACGGCAACGUCGAGCUCCGCCGGCCCCCUUCCUCCCGUCCCUCCUUCCCGCCCCACCAUGCCGAAUUAGGUGGCAUUCUUACUGGUUGUCUUUUGAUUUAACUGUCAUCGCAAAUUUAUUAGACUCAACUGCUGCCGGAGGAACCGUUUUCAUAGAUUUCUUCGAUCGGUUAUUUCAACGAUUUUUCAUCACCACUAAAUGCUUGGGCUGUAUCAGAAGGUCAACUUUUGAGGGUCUUGGCUUCCGUUGAUUGAUGCCCAAAAAUAUGCUCCAUGUGCUAUGAUUAUGGCAGAGCCCACUGAAUGAAUAGCAAGUUUUGCAAUGAACCAAGUCACAUAUCUUUUGAUUAUGGCACAUCAACUAGUUCCAUUGGGAAGUAUGCCCAUCACUGGCAAUUCCAGUUCGUUGCCAUCCUUCGCGGGAGAUAUCUGGACAAAUGUUAGUGCAUUUAUAUGGUGAUAUUGGGAUUAUGGCAGACCUUUCUUCAUCAUAGUUACUGUAUGGGCUGUUUAUGGAGCUUCCAUCCAUUUCACUUCAGAUGAUCAGCAUUAUGAGUAUUGGUACUACCUUAAUGGUGCAUCAUUGUAUCUUGGUGUCUGGUUGUGUAUUAUUUUUUGGCCCUGCUUUUUGUGUGUGUGGCUAAUGACCUUAUCCUGGAGCCGCCACUACUUAUUGCUAAUUGAAUAAUCUUGUAGAUCAAGGUCGUGGUAAGCUUAACAGGCUUAUGGGUGUCCUUUCUCCAUAUCAUUCCAUUUUCUUUGUUGACAUGAGCUCUUCCUCGCAUAAAACGCGUAAACCUUUCUUACUUCUAGGGAGAAGAGACUAUAGAAGUGCUGACUUCAGAGGCAGGCCUGAUAGGAGGUUCUCACCUCGUAGGAGGCAUUCCCCUGGAAGAGAUCCCAGGGGUCAUCGUUCCCUUCAUGAUCGAAGGCCAACUUCUCGAGAAAGGGAGUCUAGCUUUUCACGGUCUCCCAGCAGGAAGAGUGAGAGGAGGCAUGAAAAGAAGACUGAUGGUGGAGAAACCAAUUCAUCCAAGAGUUCCCCUAUUUCUGAUACUAAUGAUAGAAAAAAGGAAAAAUUCUCAAGUGGUGAUGACAAAGAAGAUCAUGAAAAUCAGCUGAAACAAGUUAGAUUUGAUAUGGCGGCUUUGCGUGAAGAUAAAUCUCAUCUCGAGAUCGUUUUGGACGAGAAAAUGGAGGAAGUGCACAGGAUUUCAAGCAAAGUAAGUGAUCUUGAUCAGCAGCUGAGGAGGGAGAAGGAAGAACAUCAUAGGAUGACGUCAAAGAUGAAGAAGUUCAUAAAAGCCCAUGUUCGGUUUUUGAGAGCUCAGGAAGAGUUGAAAAGGUCACAAGCUCGUUUUGAGAGGCUUGGUGAUUUGCUUCGUUCAGAUAUUUUGAAGCGUGGUGCUAAUGAAGAAGCUUCCAGCAUCCAUAUUGAUGAAGAUCCAAAUGCUUAUGAAAGGAGUCCAAAAGCUACUGCAGCUAAAAAGAGACCAAUCCCAUACUCAACUAGUGAUGAGGCAAAAGCUGCUAAGAAAAGAAGAGAGCGAGACUCGGAUACAAUUUCUAGGUCCGAUAAAUAUAGGUCAGAAGGUGAAACUACAGAUUAUGAUAAAGCAAGCAAGGGGAGUGAUGGAACAAAAUCUAUAUAUUUGAAGAAGAGACUGUGGGAAGAUGAAAAGAAUAAGCUCGGAAAUGUUGUCUCUGCAGACCAGGUGAAAGAAUCUCCAGUCAAGCAUGCUUUGCCCUCAACUGGCAUGGCUGCUCGUGCCUUGUAUGAUCUUAACGAGGCUGUUGAUCUGGAGGAUAGAAACGAACAGAUAGAUGCAUUGCUAGAUGAUGCGCUGGAAAACGAUAUUGACGACAGAAGUAGAUCACCUCUUAUGCCCCCGCAACCUCCACCAGUGGCCCAAACUGCUUAUGGGCAGUCUGCUGUGUUGCCCCUUUCCCAGUACGAGGACGUUGACGAAGAAGUGGACGUGGAAUAAGCGGAGCUGGAUGAUGUAGCAGCCAGCUGCCGAUCUUGGGAGUGAAGACCGUUGAUUAGCGUUUCCGUGUACAAAGUGCUUAUUCUAUAUUUGUUUGACAUAUAUUGGAACUUUUAGCUUAUAUAAUCUUCCUUUUGUAGUGGCAUCAUCCUUCUUGGUCCUAAGUUUUGACUGAGCCUGGAUGUGGCCAACUAACUUGUUUUUCGUGAAAUAGAACCAGUAUGUUUCUUUUAGUGUCAGUGGUGUGCACUUGCGCUAGGCAUAGAUGAUCCUUCGUACCAAGCAUUGUAGUUUGCUGCCUAACCGUUCAGUUGAUAAAUAGCAGGUCUUACUAUUGAUAUGGCA